AUGCUGGAGGAGGCCGGGGAGGAGGUGGCGGGCUCGGUGCUGCUGAAGGAAUCACUGCCUGCCGCUGAGCUUUCUUGGUCGUCGUGCCCGCCGUACGCUGCGCUCCUGGGGCCUCCGCCGGCCUCCGCCGCCCACAGAUUCAGCUACCGCAUGCAGCAGUACGCUCGGAGGGCACCCUACGGUGGGGACUAGAAUGCUGUGCUUAACACAGAAGCGCGCACCGUGGAGGCGGAUGUGAGCCGCCGCUGCGUGAUGAUGCGGCAGGAUUUCUCCUAUGAACAGUACCAGAAGGCCCUCCGCCAGUCGGCCGGCGCUGUGGUGAUCAUACUGCCCCAGAGCAUGUCGUCGGUGCCUCAGGACGUCAUCCGGCAAUUCAUGGAAAUUGGAGCCAGAAUGGCUGGGCCAUGGGAAACCAUUGUGCCGGUCUACUUUGCUGAGGAAGACGACGACUCCCUCUCCAUCUAUGAGCAAACGCAGGCUGCUCUGCUUCACAGGCUCAGCCUCAGCGCUGCAAGCGUUCUGUUGCACACUGCAAACUGCAAUGGCUUCCAGAUGGGGACAGGGUCACAGAGCAAAGCAGUCAUCGACUGGCUCAUCACAAGUGUGGAGGCAUUUCCUUCUCUUCUCUAGGGGCGGCUGACUGGUCUGGGAGGUGAGGACUUGCCUACUAUUGUCAUAGUAGCUCACUAUGAUUCUUUUGGGGUAGCUCCGUGGCUGUCUCAUGGUGCUGACUCCAAUGGCAGUGGUGUAGCUGUGCUUUUGGAGCUGGCCAGGCUAUUCUCCCGUCUCUACACCUACAAACGGACCCACGCGGGGUACAAUCUGCUAUUUUUUGCCUCUGGAGGUGGCAAGUUUAAUUAUCAAGGGACCAAGCGGUGGCUGGAAGACAACCUGGAUCACACAGAUUCCAGUUUGCUGCAGGACAAUGUGGCAUUUGUCCUCUGUUUGGACACCUUGGGGAGGGGGAGGAGCCUUCACCUGCAUGUCUCUAAGCCUCCAAAGGAAGGGACCCUCCAGCAUGCAUUUCUGAAGGAACUGGAACAGGUGGUGGCCAGUCAGUUCCCAGAGGUGAGGUUCUCCAUGGUGCACAAGAAAAUCAACCUGGCGGAGGAUAUGUUGGCAUGGGAACAUGAACGCUUUGCCAUCCGCCGCCUUCCUUCCUUCACCGUCUCCCACCUCGAGAGCCAUCGAGACAGCCUCCGCAACAGCAUCAUGGACGUGAGGUCAGCUUCUGGGGCAAGAGUUGACCCCAAAAUUCUAACUCGCAACACCCGCAUUAUCGUGGAAGCGUUGACGCGGGUCAUCUACAACCUAACAGAGAAGGGAGUGCCUGCCAGCCUCCAGAUAUUCACAGAACAGAUGCAGAUCCAGCAGGAGCAAAUGGAGGCGGUGAUGGACUGGCUCACCAGCCAGCCAAGGGCCGCCCAGCUGAUCGACAGGGACAGCACUUUCAUCAACACACUAGAGUAUUACAUGAGCCGCUACCUGAAAGAUGUCAAGCAGCAUCACGUGAAGGCGGACAAGAGGGAUCCCGAGUUCGUUUUCUACGACCAGCUGAAGCAAAUAAUGAAUGCAUAUAGAGUGAAGCCUGCCAUCUUUGACCUCCUCCUGGCUCUCUGCAUAGCAGCAUACCUCGGGGUGGCUUACGUUGCCGUCCAACAUUUUGGUCUUCUCUAUAAACUGGUGCAGCGGUUAUCUCUCAAAUCCAAGCAGCAGUGAAAAGAAGAAAAAGCAGAGCUGCUGCUGGAAUGAGUCUGUCAAGGCUGCCUGGUUCUCCUUGCAAUGGCUGCUGCUGCCCUGGGUUCCCCCGUUCCUGCCCUGUUUUGCGACUCUGGAGUGGGGAGCAAACACUGCAAUUUUUUAAGGAACAACAACACUCAACUCCCUGGCAUUUUUGCAAACCCGCAUCUCUCUUUCCACUCCUCCCUCGGGACAGAACCGUAGGUACCUGUCACUCCUUCCAGAAUAAUCCAACAAUGGAUGGUGAUUUCUUUUCUCCUCUCUCCUCCUCCUUCGCCUUCCCCUCUCUGGACAAAGACAUUUCCAUAAAUGCAAAGCUGCUAUUGAAGAAGCAAGCGACGUGUGCCAUAGCUUUGUGGUGGGGGUGAGCAGGAACUCUGGGGUACGGUCUUAAGGUUUGGGGCCCGCCUGUCAAAUGGAGAACUUGAAAAGGAGGUAUUGGUUUAUGUUUUGGGUUUCUUUUUUUAAAAACAAAACAUGCACAUGUAAAUUAAAGAGAACUACUAAGAGGUU